AUGUAUGCUACAAGCAUGUUAUCCCGAUUCAUGCACAAUGCAAGCCAAACUCAUUUUGGAGUGGCUAAGAGGAUCUUAAGAUACCUACAAGGUAUACUUGGCAUUUUAUAUGAGAAGAAUGUUGAUACCAAAUUGCUAGGAUUUUGUGAUAGUGAUUGGGUCGGAUGUGUUAAUGAUAUGAAGAGCACUUCCGGAUAUACUUUUUCUCUUGGCUUGGCUGUCUUCUCAUGGGCAUCUAAGAAGCAACAAACCGUGGCGCAAUCUACCACCGAGGCCGAGUACGUGUCGGCAUCAUUGGCAACCUCUCAAGCAAUAUGGCUAAGGAGGAUUUUGGAGGAUGUUGGUGAAAAGCAAUGA